CAAAACCAAACCCCUCGGCUCUUCUUAUCAUUAUCAGAUUAUCUGGCGGAUUGCAGAUUGGCACAGCAAACGGAGCAUCAAAUCUCCCCGGCCAGUUGGUGGCUUAUAGUGGCGUCAUUUAAUUGCUUUUUUCGCUGAAGGAACGAGAACGCGUAACACACCAUUGGACUUGUUCGCAUGUUGUUGCACCUUAGAGACAGAACAGACUUCAAUUCACUGAGCUUUGUCAGCAAUACUUGUACAGAUAUCAUUCACCUCACACCUACACUGGCUCGUCCUUGUGCGACCUUGUACGACCUUGUACCUGCUUCCAGACUGCUCAAUUGGCAAAAAACGCGAAAAGCUCUGACCCUCCAAACUCAAUUUACACGCGAUUUUUGGCGUACAAGUGGACCGACCACUGUUGGACCCAGCAGGUACAGGUAAAUUUACACUAGAGAACCUUAACAUAACCCACCACCCAAAUCUACCACUUGGACCCCUGGUGCAAUCUUCACCUUCAAGAACGAUCUCCAUCAGACUUUCCACUCUCUUCCCCCCAAUGCGACGCACCUCUUUCCUCCACUACGCUCUCUUAGAGGUGCCAGUCUUGCGAUCUACUUGCGCCUUACCAUAGUUUGCAACAACAUCAAAAUAAGCGCCAUGGCCAUGCAACCACCCCCGCCCUCGAGUUAUUCGCUCCGAGUACAGCUCUACCCAGCUCCAAGCUUCGCGACAAACGACAGACCAAUUCGCUCUUUUAGAGUCGUCACCCGACCAGAUGCGACCGUUCGAGAGUUUUGCGCCGAGGCCUCGAGAAUUCAUAAGAUGAAUUAUGGAGAGUAUGUUUUCCCUCUUGCGCCGGGUCUUCGUAGUGGAAGGUGGACUUUUUGCUAACUUGCUCGUGCUGCGCAGGCCACUUGCGAUCAAGAGAUGUCAAGAUGAGAAAGAGUUUGAUAUAUUUCAAGAUGAUAUUCUAGGGACCUUGUUCCAAAACCUCGAGAUCAUUCGCAUGGUACAAGCUUCUGCAAGACCAAAUCCGCGCGACUCGGUUCCUCCUACUUCCACCUUGCGAUAUCGACCAGACAAUUUUGCCGCACUCCCUCCUACAUCUGCACCGCUACAGAUCGAAGCCCCUAAAAAUCAUGCUCAAGGCACGGGUCGAAAGAGGGGUAGAGAGAGUAGUGUUGUUCGGACAACCUCAAAUAAGAAACAGAGAAGAUCGGGUCCGGAUCCUGACCUUCCUCUGCCUUCUUUGGAAUCUCCGUCGCAAUUACAUGGACCACAGAGUAGAAACGAACCGUCGUUGCCAGGACUCAAUGAGCAAACAGCCGACUUGAAUAUGUUCCCUAGUUCGCAGGGUAGUUUGGACUUGGAUCUGAAUACUGGAUCGAUCAACACCGUGCGAAAUGUAAGAGUUGACCAGCCAGAAAUCCCCGAGACUCCGUCCCCUCCUCCCUCAAGUCCGCAUGACCAUCCUAGCUAUAGAAGCCCAUCAACUGAUUUGAAGUCCCGAAAGUCUACAAUUCCAAAUCCAGUCGAGAGAUUGAGUAGUACAACCAUGAAAAAACUCAAACCCAUAGCAGUACCCGCGAACGAGCAAGCAAAAAUCCCGAACACAUCAUAUCCGAGGGCGAAUAGUGCAAGCUAUCAUAUUCCUGGAGGCGAACGAGGAACGUCGGUGUCUACAGCAGCAACGAGUCCGCUUUCAUUGUCAGAGCAAGGCCAGGCUGUAAAUGGAAAACCGGCGGGGGCGGUUAAGCGGAAGAGUCUUGGCUCCUCGACAAAUGGUAUACCGAAGUCAGCCGAAAAGGUUGUUAAUGGAAAUAUUAAUGGAAAUGGACGAUCUCCAAAACAGAAGGAUAUCUUUGACAUAUCUGAUGAUUCGGAGCAGGACGAACCUGACAGUGCCACGCAAGCAAACGAGAGUUUGAAUAGAGCAAGACAAUUGAAAAUUGCCAAGAAUAGUUCAAAGCCCGGUCUCCCUGGUAUAGACUAUGCGAAGAACUUUGCAAAUAGAAAACCCAACACUCCAAAUGCUUCUCGAAAAAACUCACGAUCUCGCGAUAACGGAUCAAACGGUAAUACUCCUGGAGAAUUACCUCUUACCCCCAGUAGCAAAGAACGUCAUGAGAAACAGAAACAGGACAGUGAAAACGGCAAGAAGCCAAGAGAAGCGGCAGCUUUAGCUGCGGGAAAACGCCAGCGAGAAGCAGAAGAGAAAAAGGCUGCCCAUGAAGCACGAAUCGCGGUGGAAGAACGGUUGAAGCGUGAGGAACAAGAGAAGUUGCAAGAUGGCGAAGCAAAGCGGGCUGCUGAAGCUGAAGCUGCUCGUUCGCGCGUUCUUGCAGAGAAUGAGAAGAAGGAAGCCGAGGAGCUAAAGCGGAAAUCAGAGCUCAAGGUUCAAGAGGCCAAACGAAAGGAUGAGGAAAGGUUAGCAAAAGAAAAGGCAGAAUCCGAACGUCUAAGAAUUGAAGCAGAAGAGGCCAAGCGAAUUCAGGAAGUUGAGGAAGAGCGUAUACGUCGUGAGAGAUCAGUUUCAGCCGCAAAGAAAGCAUGUGAACUUGCCCAAGAUGCGUCAAAAAUGGCAUCCGACGGCUCUGAACCACAUCAAAACAGACGCUCACUUUCCGGUACACCUGGUCCCAAUAUACCACAAUCUUCCACACCUUUUAUUCCUAGUGGUCGAAAAUCUUCUCUCAAAUCAAGUAGAUCUUCUCAGGCACUUGGAAGCUCUCCUUCUGUAUAUUCAAAGUCGCCAGACGUUGGAAUCGAGACACAAAUGCCACUGCCCAAACUGCCUUUUCAGAAGGAAGGUAGACGAAUAUCAUUUGCGGAUGGUACUAAACAGGAAACACCAAUCAAGCCCCCUACCAAGGUGCUACCUCGCAAGGCAGGGAUCCCUCAAACUUCUACACCAAAAACUGUUCCUGCAAGAUCUGUACCAGAAAAGGCAGCAAAAUCUUCGCCAAUACCAUCAUCAUCCAUCCCCGAGCCAUCACCCCAACCUUCAACGCAGCAAGCGUCAAAACCUGCUGCUAGUAAGUCACCUCUUGACCCUUGCUAUAUUUUACCACUAACAAAUAAAGUCCUGCCACCCGCGAGGAAAUCAAUCACGUCCAUUCUACCCCCUGGUGUGGGUAGAUUGAAGGAGAGUACUAGGAAGUCUACCCCCAAGAUUUUACCUCCGCCAAUGAAGCCCUCCCCUCUUGCCCCCAAAAAGGUGUCAGAGGCAAUGCCUCCCCCACCUAAGAAGAUCUCAGCAUCUGUACAAGUCCCAUCCACGCCUUCCAUGGACAACGCUGCACCAAGCAAAACUGCUGCUGAAAAAAUCGCUAAUGCCGAAGAAUCUGAGGAAUCUGAUUCUGAGGCAGAUUCCGAUUUAGAAGAUAGCCCUGGUAAAGUUGUAUCGACUGAAGGUAAAAAGAUUCCACCAUGUCACAAUGAACAUGAAAUAUCUCUGUAUUGGGCUUUCUGACACUCUCAUAGAGAAAUCGAAAUCGCAAACUGCGAAGCCGCUCCCACAAGUAGUUACCAAAGCGGAUGAGACCCCUCGAGACAAAUCUGAUGCAAUUAAGCCAACGUCCGAAAAGGAACUUCCUUCUAUACACCCAGACAAGACUACGUCUGAAUUGGAACUAGCAGAUGAUGAACAAGCUGAUGAUGCCAGCGAUCGCUCAUCUGGUCGGGAUAGCCGUUCACCCAUCACUUUCAGCCAACAUCCUCAGCCUGGGAGAAUACCAAAGCCUAAGCGAGCAGCAUCACCGAGUGACGACAGCAGUUCUGACGAGGAAGAUGAUGAAGACGUGAUCAUGAAGGAUGCUCCCGCUGAGUCAAAAGUUUUGGAUUCGGACUCUGAAUCUAAUGACGGAAGCUCAGAUGAGGAGGAAGAAGAAGCUGAGAAGACAGCAGAAGUUCCUAGAUCAAGUCCCCAACUACCUCACCAUAGAACCUUGGAUAACGCUUCUAUCACGACGGGUAAGGGCGACACCGAUGAGGGGGAUACCCAAGAAGAAAUAGCAUUUCAACUAACAUCUGAUAAUUUUGAAGCUCGACCAACCGUUAUUUUGAGCUCUCUCAAAUACCCACCAACCUCGAGUGCGCCUAGACUACCGUCUUCUAGUGUACAAAAGGAACCGAAGUUCGGCUACGGCGCAAGCUUAUCGCAAUUGAACGUUGAGAAACGUACUGUGGCGACAUCGACGACGAAUGGCAUUGCAGCGCCCCGGACUUUACAGCGGACGUUGAACAAAAACUCGGAUGAGGAAGAAUCGGAAGCAGAAGGGAGUGAUGAAGAUAGCGUUGCUUCAUCAUCUGAUGAGGACGAGGCACCAAAGAAGAAGCCAGUUGAGCCUGUUACCGCGUCUCAAAAGCUCACGCUAAAUGAUGCUUCCGAUAGCGACUCAGAUAGCGAUUCAUCCUCAGUCUCGGAGUCCGAAAGCGUCAAAGAGGCAAAACUUAUACGUGCUAAGCACGAAGCUGAGGUGGCUGCCAUGUCCAAUGUCUCGAAAGCUGGCUACGGAAAAGCGGCGGGGCGAAAGGUUGGAGGGAACAUGUUCUCCAAACCGGGUCUAUGA